CUGCCACUGUCCCCGAGCAGAGGACUGUGACCCUGGACGUAGACGUGAACAACCGCACAGACCGACUGGAGUGGUGCAGCUGUUAUUACCAUGGCAACUUCUCUCUGAAUGCAGCCUUCGAGAUCAAGCUACACUGGAUGGCGGUGACUGCCGCAGUGCUCUUCGAGAUGGUCCAAGGUUGGCAUCGAAAGGCCACCUCCUGUGGCUUUUUGUUGGUCCCGGUUUUGGAGGGUCCUUUCGCGCUACCCAGUUACCUGUACGGCGAUCCCCUUCGGGCCCAGCUCUUCAUCCCGCUCAACAUCAGCUGCCUGCUCAAGGAGGGCAGCGAGCACCUGUUUGAUAGUUUUGAACCAGAAACAUAUUGGGAUCGAAUGCACCUUUUCCAGGAAGCCAUUGCACACAGGUUUGGGUUUGUUCAAGAUAAAUACUCUGCGUCUGCUUUUAACUUCCCUGCUGAGAACAAACCCCAGUACAUCCACGUAACAGGAACAGUGUUUCUGCAGCUGCCCUACUCCAAGCGCAAGUUCUCGGGACAGCAGCGGCGCCGGCGGAACUCCACCAGCUCCACCAACCAGAACAUGUUCUGCGAGGAGCGGGUGGGCUACAACUGGGCCUACAACACCAUGUUGACGAAGACGUGGCGCUCCAGUGCCACAGGGGAUGAGAAGUUUGCUGAUCGGCUGCUGAAGGACUUCACGGACUUCUGCAUCAACCGUGACAACCGGCUGGUCACGUUCUGGACCAGCUGCCUGGAGAAAAUGCACGCCAGUGCCCCGUGAAGCCAGGUGCCCAGGGCGUAGAGGGCCGUAUGUGUGCUGAGGGCCGCGGACCCUGGUCAGGCUGUACACAUCUGGUGUCAGUUUGCUGCUGUCAGUGAGUUGGGGCCACUGCUGCUUUUUGGCCCUCGCACAAGUCUUUUCAAGGGGAAAGACUUUUGGAAGCAGCUGCCGCUUGCUACUGCCACCCAGAUCCCGCCAGCAAGUGCCCAGGGCGGGUAGGAGGCACAGAUUGUCCGUGGGAGGGCUUCAGUGUCUGGAAGGGCAAGCAGCCCCCGUGAAUGUCCUUGAAAGAGGGUGGCUGCAGUUAGCAUCCUUUUCCUCCGCCAUCCCCGGAGUAAUUGGGACAAAUCUGCCACUUCCUCCCCGGGAGUAUGCAGAGUAUGUAAGAUAAUUCUGUGAAAUAAUGUACCAUAGACUCACUUCAGUUGUAUAUACCUGUACAUACCGGAAACAAAUAAAGCUCUGUGUGUAGCAUCUCUGUCCCCAGCCUCCUUCCCUACAGCAACAGUUGCACCCUGGGCUGAGCAGUAGUGCCAGGUCAGUGAGGUAGCUGCCCAGGUCACCAAGCCAGUGAGGUGGAAAGGGCUCCAGGAUGUCCUGACCUGGAGAGCCUGACUGUGAGUGGCUGAGAGAUUUCAUUUCACAGCCCUUGAGCAAGGACAUUUCCAGUCAGGACCCGUGAGCAGUGUGACAUUCCAGG